UAUAUAAACCACGGAUAAAAAAUGCCACUCUCGAAUAAUACAACCCAUAACAUCAGUCAGCAGCCAUGGAAAAGGGGAGAAUGUGUGAAAAUGGACCAGCAGUGUUUGCUGGAACAUAGCACUUUUCACAAAAGACAAACAAAGCUCCUUGAUGUGUAGCUAUAUACUCAUUAGUGGAAGUAUCCUUGACUGCAGCUUGGUCUUACUCCCUCUCAUCUCUGGAAUUCCUGGAGCUUGGCCCCUCCUCUGCCAACCUCACUGGAUCCAACUCUGACCCCAUCCCCAUCUCCCUACCAAAUGGCUUCCCUUUCUCCAAUGAAACUGAGUCCACAGUUUUUGUGAAUGUCAAUGGAUUCCUGUCAUUCAGAACAGCCAGAGACUAUGGUUUUCCUCGUGGACUAUUCAGCUCCACUUCUGACUAUACUCAUAUCGUGGCUCCUUACUGGGCUCUGUAUGAUACUUUUCAACAAGGCAAAGUGGCAUAUGAAGUACACACUACUGGAGAUCUCCUGGACCAAGUCAACUGGGCAAUGUCUCAGGAGCUGAAUGCGACCUUGAAGGAGUGUGGCUGCUGGUGGUCUACUGGAACAACGUAUACAGUCGUUCGGAUAAUCAGGGGCUGCACAUUGUUUAAGGCCAACACAACUUCCAAACCGAGCAGGUUCCAGGCAGUGUUGGUGACAGAUGGCACCAAGUCUUACUGCCUAUUCAUCUAUCACUGUGAUUUUCUCCGGUUCUCUGGAGCUGCCGUUGGUUUCUCAGCCUCUGGUAACUUCUUCUUCAACCAUAGACACUCUCGCUCGAGUGACUCCAAGGAGGUGGCCUGUAGCAACAGACCUGACAGUGACUGGAACACUCUGGUCUAUGCCUUACACUAUGACGGUAUGAAGAAAUAA